CAACUCGUUUUGAUUUAUCAAGAUUGCGUAUCCGACAAAAUCCGAAAUGAAAAUUAACUUUUUAAUAUUCCAUUUAAACCAAAACAUCCGCAUGACAUUUUUGAGUUUAGUAAAGCAGUCUUGACUAGGAAACCUUUACCGAUUGAUAUUUUGCAAAACUAACUAAAUUUUUAAAAUGUUGUAAUGAUAGUUGAAUAAUUUUAUUUUAAAACCCUUGAAAAUGGUUCCAUGUGGACUGAAACGUCGGGAAAAUCAAAAACUGGUGUUUUCGACUCCCCCAAAAGAUUGGAAAGCCAAAGAUGCUUAUCAACGUCAUCAUGCUUCCUUUUCCUGAGCACUUCUUUGAAGUGCUCUUUCAGUGCUCAAGAGGUUUCUCCGAGUAAUCAUCCCAAAUUUUCUUCAGCGAUUCCUUCAGAAAUUCAGAUUUUUUCUUUGUAGGAAUUCUUUCUGUACUAUCUGUUGGAGCUUUGAGAGGUUCCUUACUGGAAUUCCUUCGGAGAUUUUCUCAAAUAUUACUUCGGAAACUCCUUCAGAAAGUUCUCACGAGAUUCGUCUCGGGUGUUCCUCAAUCAUUUCUCCAUGGAUUGCAUUGAAACCUUUCUAAGGGAUUAUUUCAUUUUUUUCCCGGGGCAUUUCACGAAUACUUCCAGAGAUUCUUUCAGGAAUUCUUCCAGAAAUCACUUCCGGAUUUAUUUCUUGUCGUUUCUCCUGGAAUAUCUCAAGAAAUUCUUCAUGGAAUAACUGUAGAGCAUUCUUCACAUUUCCAGGCAUUCCUUUGGAGAUUCCUUCGAACAGUUUAAUUUAUUUAGGAGCAUAGUUUAGUGAUUCAUUCAAGAUUUUUUUCCAGAUGUGUUUCAAAUUUCUGCUGGGUUUCCUCCGAAAGUUCCUUUAGCUAUUUAUUACGAAAAUGUUUCAGGGAUUUUUGUCCACUUACACCUACAGUCAUGUUGCUAAAUAUUCUUAGUUCUUUCAGAAGUAUCUCCAGCAGUUUUAGGUGGAUAUUACGCUCCAAGAAUCCCUUCAGAAAUUUAUUUAAGAACUCUUCCAUAUUUUUGUAGGUUCUGCUUGGAUUCCUACAGAAAUUUUUAAAGGAAUCUUCCACAUUUUUUUCUGAUGUUUACUUUAGAAAUUCCUCAAGAGUGGCCUUUAGAAAUCUCUUCAUGGGUUUUUUAAGAGACUCCUCCAUAAAUUUUUCCUUGAAUUCUUCCAAAAGUUUCUCAUAUGCUUUUUUUCGGGGAAUUCCUCUAAAGCUAUCUUGAGGGUACCCUCAGAAACUCUUUCAUAAAUUACUUUAGAUUUUUCUCGUAAAAUUCUUCAAGGAAUUCCUCCUCAGCCAUCUUGAAGAAGUUCCUGCAGAAGCUUCCCCAAAGAUUACUCCACAAGGAGAGGAACUCUUCAAAUUCCUUUUUCUGUAGGUUCUGCUCGGAUUCCUGCAGAAAUUAUUUCAAGGAUUCUCCCAGAUUUUUUUCUGAGGUUUACUGCAGAAGUUCCUCAAGAGUGUCCUAAGGAAAUCUCUUCAGGGAUUUUUAGGAGACUUCUUCAUGAAUUCCUUGAAUUUCUUGAGUUCCUCCAAAAGUUUCUCAUAACUUUUUUUCUAGGAAUUCCUCUAGAGCUAUGGGGCUGUCCAUUUAUUACGUAAGGCAAUUUUUACGAUUUUUCGACACCCCCUCCCCCCCUUGUAAGAUUUUUUGUAUGAGAACACAAAUAUUUUUGUAUGACGCGUAAGAUUUUUCAAACCCCCCUCCCCCCAUAAACCCUUACGUAAUUAAUGGACGGCCCCUAUCUCUAGGGUUUCUCCAGAAACUCCUCCAAAAAUUUCUGCAGAUUCUUUUUCUCACAAAUUUUUUCUAGAAAUUCCUCCUUAGCCAUCUCAAGGAGUGCCUCCAGGUAUUCCUCAGAUGCUCCUGCUAAGUCUCCCCACAGAUUUUUUUUUGAAUCUCCAGAGGUAUCUCCAGGAAUUCCUUUAGAAAUUUCUUAAGGAAAUCCUUUUUGUGUAUUUUCAUGAAGUACUCCUGUAUAAUCGGUGAAUAUCUGAAUAUUUGAAAGAGGUCCUAAAGGAAUCUCUGAAGUAAUCCAAGGAGAUAUUUCUGAAGGAAUCGCAGGAGCAGGACCUUCUAGAAAUAUGUCCAAAAAUCCCUUUCAAAAUUUUGCAAUGUAUUCCUGGAGAAGCUGUGGAAGUAUUUCCGAAAGAAUUUUUGAAAACGCUCUAGACCAAUUUCUGAAAAAAAAAAUCAAUCGAAGAAUUUCUGAUGAAUACCCUUGCUGACAUUGCUAGAAUAAUCCUUAAACUACUGAAGAAGUCUCUGGAAAUAUUUCUCGAGGAAUUUCUUAAAAAAUUUCAGGAAGAAUCCAUAAAGUAACUUCUGUCUUUGAAGGGUUUAUUGGAUACAGUCGACUCUCCACAUGUCGAUGAUCUACAUCUCGAUAUCUCUCCCUAUCUCGAUGGUUUGAUCGGUCCCUUCAGUAUGCAUACAUUUCUCCUCUCUGUAUGUCGAUAUCUGCUCAUCUAGAUAUCUCCCUAUCUCGAUGCGAUCUUGUUCGUUUUUGUUCUAGAUUUUCUCAUUUCGUGGGUUAAAACAUUCUGGGAAUGUGAAGUGACAUCUGUUUGUUGACGGGUUUUCCUAGUUACGGAGUAUUUUUUAAUCUAGUGUGCAUUAUAAAUUUGUUCUGCAUUUCAAUCUCUCCCUAUCUCAAUGGUCCCUUCAAUAUCGAGAUGUAGAGAGUCGACUGUAAAUCUUUUAUCCAAUUUCUGUAGAAAUCUCUGGAGAUAUUCUUUAAAAAUCCCCGAAAGAAUAUCUGAAAGAGUCAUAGGUAAAUUCCCGAAGAAAUCCCAGAAGAUGUUGCUGAAGAAAUUCCUUGAGUAAUACCUGGAAAAGCUGCUUGAGAAAAAAAAUGAAUAAAUUCUUGAAAUUUUCCAGGAUUUCUACCAAAAUUAUCACUACGAUUUUUUCCAAAAGUUUUGCUAAAAAUUCUCAUAUUCCUUCACAGAAACUGGUUCUGUAAUUCAAACAGUUCCGGUGUGGUUUGUAAAAUCCCUAACUCGUGUUCUAGCAAGCCCAACCCAACCAAAAGUGUACCAGACGGGGCGUGACUCUUUACAACCCAACUGUUUGGAUAUUAGACCAAAUUUUGUGACCUGUUAAUUUAUGUGUCGAGCGCUGAAGAUGAUCCAAUAGGUGGACCGAAACGUCGCCGACGACUGUAGGACUGAUAACCAAAAUUUCAAUAAAAGGAAGUUUAAAAAUGUUUGUUACGAUAAAUUAAUAUCAGUCGAGAACGACACAAAUCUUGGAAGUUUCAUUUUCAAAUCAAGUAGGCUCCAGAAGGUCUUAAGAACCAAAAUAAACCUAAAGUAAAUGAAUUUUGGUUUCAAAAUCUCUAAAAAAAAAACAUAAAGGCUUAUUAAUUGUUGCUUGGGAUAGAAUCGUAAAAGUUUAUGAAUCUUAUUCCGAACAUAAUACGGCUUUACUUCGAAAAGGCAGAAGAAUUUAAAAAAAAAUAAGUGUUCGUGCAACGGGAUGGACCCUUAAUUGUUGUAAUGAUAAUGGGAAUAAAACACGGGAAUAUUAUUCGCCAUCAUGCCAUGGCAGAGGCAUAUGAACUACGGAACAAUAAUAACAAUAAUUGCGUUCUCGAAGCGAUAUCUUAUGCGAUGUACCGUGAGCACUAUUGCGACGUAAUUCAGCAUCUUAUGCGACUUAAUAAUAUUCGAAAAAAAAAUCUUGUCAGCUCGAUAUCGAACUAAUGAUCUUUGGAUUGUUGAGCCACACUUCACACUUAACACCAAACGCUACUUAUGAAGCAAGCUGAUUAAUUAUCAUGAUAUUCUAACUCACCUCAGUGUUUGUUGGAAUGCACUUGGUUCACAUGCGCUGUGCGUGUUUGGAAGACUAUCUUGGGUUAAAAACGAUGAAGCGCCGUUUCCCGCACAGUUUUUACUACCCCUCUCUGGCUAGCACCUCCCAUUGUUGAUCAAGCCAAUGAUGAAUUUGUAACCAUAAUUACGGCUGUUCACUUUCUUGUAGCAUUUUGGCACUGCAUCCACAGUCCAGCAGCAACUCUUUCAUUGUUAUCACAUAUAAAAUCGCAUUAUGUCAUCAUAAACACUUCUAGCUUAUACGAGUUUCUAUGCACACUUUAACGAGUUUAUGUGUACUUUUAUGCGAUUUCAUCUAUACACCAAUGCGAGUUAAACAGACACAAUAAGAAACGUAUCAAGCGAAGUCGUAUAAUGAUCGUAUUACGCAAUUAUGCGAAUUCAUUUGACGCUUUGCGGGUUUACUCGCACGCUUUUGCAAAUAAGUAAAGUUCAUCGUAAUAAAACAUCAGAAUGUCAUCUACUACGAUGUACUCAUACCAAAUAAAAGUUGAUUUGCAUUCUUUUCUUAUAUGAGUUUACCUGAUACGUCGUAAUAGGUUCAAAAAAUAUCAUCAUAUGCGAUGAAUGUUGUCCGUCCGCUGUACAUAUAUGCGAUAGUGAAUAAGUCACUAGUACUAUAUAGUACUUUUAACGAUGUACAGCGUGAAUUCUUAUACGACUCCUGGUUGUCUGGGUAGUCUUGGUAGGUAUAGAAUGAUAGUAUAGACAUGUAUCACAGAUGUGUUGUACAAACAAUAAGUAAUAAACAAAUAGCGCUUACUAACUUCGUUUUUAAUAGGAUGGAAAUGAGAAAAUUAUGCUUAAGGUGGUUUAAUAAGAAUAAGGGGAACUAUUCUCAUUAAAACUAUACCGUAUUCAAUUAAAUCACAUGAUUCCGUCUGUUGAUUCCACUCCUAGAAACAUUUCAUAACAGGCACAAUAUGAUUACCCUUUUCCUCAGCUCGCCUUUCGCCCCCUAAACAGUCGAGUUCUUCAUCCCUCAAUCAGAUAGCCAGCUUCUUCGAUUGAACUGAUCUUCCUCGUAACGCAGAAGUUCCCUAGAAGACCCACCGACAUUGUUGCGGUACACUUCGGUUGAAUUGUCUGAGGCCAUGUAUGAUCUCAUCUCAUAAUGCUGUACUGCCCCGAUUCUCUGCCUGAUCCGGGAUGAAUGACGAUCUGACCACCGCAAUCCGUGACGCUGUACAGAUAAUGAUUAGGAUGAAGAAAAAGAAGAUGAUGGUGAUGAUGAUGAUGCAAUUGAUCAAGCAUCUGGUGUUGGUUGGCUUGGGUAGGCUUGCGUCGUAUCACACCCUAAUUAGCGCAGAGGGUCUGUUGGUCAAUCAGUUGGUGGGGCGCCACCAAGUCACAAACAAUGAGAAGUACAGUAGUGGAUAAGUAUGAGGAUGUACAGUAGCGGAUAAACCUGCGUACGCAUUGGUCUACUUUCAUUCAACUGGCUUAAAUGCGAGGGAGUAAAAACAAGCUAUUGAGCCAAUUGAAUAAAUUCUUGUUAUAAUACAGGCGUACCUCGAUAGUACGUACCCUCUAUAGUACGUACCCUCGAUAAUACGUACCCUCGAUAGUACGUACACUUUUGCCUCGAUAGUACGUACAUCAAAAAUUGAUUAUAUUUAAAUCUUCAAAAAAGUAUUCGGAUUAUUCGUAGACGCAAAUUACAAACUUCUAUACUAUGAAUAAGUGUUACACAGACUCUUAUGACACUGUUCAAUACAAUUAUUAAUAUUUAGAUAAAUUUAAGGCGUGUUCAAAUAUCUCACGUACAUGAAAAUAUUAAAUUAUUUUUGUAUUCUCUUAACAAGGACAGUUUUCACAUAGGUCUGCCAGUAAAAAGUAAUAUUUAUUAGUUAUCAUAACAUCUUCUUGGCAUUACAUCCCAACUGGUAUAGCCUGCUUCUCAGCUUGUGUUUUAAAAGCACUUUCACUGUUCUCAACUAAACACUUCUUUCACAAAUAAAUCUUUUUUCCAAAACGAAAUAAGGUUAAUGGCUCUUUUUUGUGUGGUAAUAAAAAAAAAGUUUCUCAGCGCAAGAAUGCUUUCUAGAACAUGAACUAAACGCAAAAAGUUGCUUAUCCAAACCAUUGAUUUUGAAUUUUAGAUGCUAUAAACGUGAUUCUUCUACACUAUUCGCUACUGAUGUAAUCUGGUAGCACUCUGCAAUGCCAAUGUAAGCAGAAAAUGUAAUUUUAAACAGCAUUUUAUCUGUUACAGAUACAGUAUGCAAGCGACCAGAAUAUAAAAUCCUAAACAAAAUAAUCUUUGGUAGUUUUUUCUACCAUUCUAUAUUUGUAACAUUCGGACGAAAAGUUUUUAAUUUGUUGCGCUAGUGACGACACUUAGUAUUCAGUGGCAUAAACGACAUGCCACAAAUUGUGUUCUUCAGUCACAGAGAUAUGGCAACCAAUUAAACGCCCCAUAAUAAAUUAAAAAGUUUCCAUAAAUAAUUAGAAAGUUGCCCAUAAAUAAAUCGGGGUGGAAGCAAUAAUAAAUUAUACAAGUUCCAUAAACAAAUCAAGAAGCGCAUAAAUAAAUCAAAACUUCCCAUAAAUAAUUGAUUCUAGCACUGAAAAAUAAAAAUGAACAUAUUUGAUGUUUAACAUGUGAUAAUGUAAGCCUAAUAAGCGGGUAUCAAUAAACUGCACGCCCAAUGGUCAUUAAACAAAAUGACUAAAACAGUAACAAAAUUAGCUUAAAUUCGAUGAAUAACCAGACCACACUGAUCCAUAGCCAUGUAGUUUCACAUACUAGAUGAAAUAAGUACAUAUAUUUGAUGAUACUCUAGAGAAUCAUCAAUCCUCUAUGCGGCUUCGCGCAUGGCUCGACCAGUACUUUUAGCUAGAAUUGCACUCACGUUAAUGGCGCAUUGUAUCGUAUUUAUUGCUAAAUUUUCAAUUGCUUUUUUGAUGUUUGUCAAUAGGAAGCAAUCAGUGAAGUACUAGAUUGAAAGUAGUGAGCUGGAUUUUUGUAUGGUGAGAUGAUCAGUUCUUCAUUUCUGUGAUGAAAUGGUAUAAACAGCGUGGGUUGUAUGAUUUCCUGACUAAUUUGAUGCUAUUUGAGCAAAAGUUUGGUUAACUGUGUUGUUGUAUUAUUUAUUUCUUGCAACUUCAACAAACAGCAUUAAAUUAGGCAAGAGACCAUAUAACCCACGCUGUUUAUACCUUUUCAUUACAGAAAUGGAGAACUGAUCAUCUCACCUUACAAAAAUCCAGCUCACUACUUUCAAUCUAGUGCUUCACUGAUUGCUUGGGAAUUUUUAAUUUUUUUAUGGAAAAGUCAAAUUUAUUUAUGGAAAAUUUAAACUUUUUUUGGUGGAACAAAUGCAGUUAUUUAUUGCAAUUAUUGAAUUAUUCGUGGAAAUUUCAUUUUUUAUUAUUCGAAAAUCAAUUAUUUAUGGGAAAUUUUGAUUUAUUUAUGCACUUUUUGAUUUGUUUAUGGAAAUUUUGCAGUUUUUUUAUUGCUCCCACCCCUACUUCUUUACUAGCAAUUUCUGAUUUUGUUAUGGAAAAUGAUCACUUUUUUAUGAGUCUUUUUUAUUUUAGCCCAGAGAUAUCUGUUAAGUUCUUACAUUCGAGAGAGCCCAAAAGCAGAGUGAGCAAAAGCAAAAUUAAAGGUGGUAAAAUUAUAAAUUUAUAUUUUAAAAUAUCGACCACUCAUAUGAUAUGAACUGACCAGAAAUCAUCCCUGACCGUUACCAUGUUUUCCCUAAAGAAGGCACCGAAUCUGUUGUCGAAACGUCGGAUAAAAUUUUUAGUUUGUUCUACUGAUGUCAAAAUUGCAAUACGUCGAUUAAUAACAUCAAAUAUUUAUAAAACCAAAAAGCCCUUAGAGAUCUAUAAUAGAGCUCUAUAUACAUAUACUGCCCUAGUAACAGGACACUUGACAGGUAUCACUUGAAAUAUAUUGACUAGCUUCAAAAUGACAUCUGUUGUAACACGGGACAUGAAACCUCGGGACAUUUGCCAUGCAGUUCUGGUGCUUUAUACACACGCAGGCAAAGAUUUCUAAAUAGUUGUUGCUUGCAACCCAGUGUGAUCCGGUCUGCAGAACCUGGGAAGGUUUUGAAAUUUAUAAACUCCAUUGUACAUACCCAACUGCCCAAGUAACCAGUAAGCAUUUAAAAUAGCAUUCCUUCAGCAUUAUAGUAGCCUUUACGACAAGGCGUUUAAUGCUAAUUAGCCGUAUAUGCGCCUAUAGUGCUACCUCACAGCAGGUUUUGGCAAAAUAACGGGCUGUCUUAGUGCUAUCCCUUCAGGAACGUCGUGACAAAACGUCAAAGAAGCGUAACGCUUCGUCGAGCAAAAAAAAAAACAAAAAUAGAUUGACGUCUGCUUCUCGUUCUCUCAAGCCUGCUACCCCGCUUCAUCGUCCUUCCAUAUUCCAGCCGCUGCUAGGUGGUACUUUUUUGCUGAUUUUUGUAGUGAUGUAGGUUCGAACUUACGAUCCGGAGAUUGAUGCAUCAUAUCUGCUUCUGAUUCUGUUGCUCUUGAUCCACGAUGCUAAAGCUGUUCCGGUGGCGUGCGUUGAAUUAAUCGCCAAUAUAAAGAAUGAUUCGAUAGCAGCUUGUUACCGUUGGGCAUAAAUGUACUUAUCUAAACUGCCGUGGCUAGAUAUAUGUUCGAAAGAAUAUUUGAAUUGACAGUUAAAGAUAUUUGUUGUCUGUUUUUAAAUUCAUGUUAUUUAUAUUAUACACCAAUAUUGCCCUGAAAUUAGAAAGUUACCUAGUUUAAAAAAAUAUAUGAAGCAUGCACACUUAAAUAAAUAUAUAAAUUAAUUAAAAACCGAUUGUUAGAUAAAACCUAGAACAAAAUUUGUAAAACACAUUUCGAACACAACACAGAACACUAUAAAAACUGCUGCAGGGGAACCUGUUCGAAAGAUUGUCGCGAGUUGGAAAAAGGACGGCAGAAAAGGAGCUAAAAAGGGAAAAUCGCAUGAAAAGGGUAGGCUACUGGGUACAAUGAGAAUCAGACUCGGUCUCUUUCCGAUAGAAAACGCCAAAGUUAGUGGACGUGAUUAUUAGCUGAAAGUCGCCUAGCAAAGUUUGAGCAAACCUUUACGGUGCCCACAAUUAUACCGGAUCAAGGAAAGAGUUUUGAGUACAGUGCGUACCCGAUAUAUACAACGAAUCAGGACCCAGUAGCGCUUGGCUCGCACGUUUUACAUCCAAGCCAAGUUUCGCCAUAGCGGACCAAGUCCCGCCAAGAAGUCCGGAAGCUGAGUCCGGGCGAACGAUAGCCGACCGUGGCCCUACGGUCAAGGUAUUCUGACCUCGAGUACGUCUUGAAUCGAGGCCAGAGGUGUAUCGACCCAACCGUCGGACGAAGGCAAUUCCCGACGUGAAAUCUGCCCUGGAGAACCCCCGCCGACCUUCGAAAGUGACGCCAAUCCCACUUUACCGAGGCCAAGCCAGGCCUUGUCAGCUCCAGCUGGUAACACCCCCAUCGAGGAGCGACCCGCAGUUCCCCAGCAGCAUCAGUAACCGCCGGCCGGCCCACCGUACAGCGCACACCACACCCACACACACAACUUAGUGAGUAAUUCUAAAAUAAAACCUGGUUAAGAGUAAUUAGCGCGUGUAGACUUUCAUUGAGCCCUUGAUUAGCCUCUCGAGAAUAGCCGACCCUGUGAUAAAGAGGCGGAUGUAGCCCACCCCACACGACUUCCGAGGCCGUGACCAGAAGUUAGGGGCAUAAGAAUUAACAAAUGGCGCCCAACUAAAAAUCGAAGCUAAUCAAGAGUUCAACCAUGUGCUACGUUUUUCUAUAGAAGAGUGCUGAAUAGGUUAGGUACGGCAAGUGAUAAGGACUGAAUGUGUCAAUGGUAACGCCUUAGUUUCAGGGGAUCGUUUCGGAAUUCAUUAAGCCAUUCUACUAGUGCGCGUACACCCACAAAAGUUGAAAUUCUUUGCGUCUUGGUACCAAACAGCGGAAGUAAAUUGGCGUGGAAUUGAAGAAUUCGUGGUUAUUGGGUCUUGAUUCUACCAAAUGAUCUGAACAACGAGUGUUUCGGAUCAAAACGAUUGAUUUUGAUUGAUUUGGUGAAUGAGUCUACCGAGAACAAAUUUUCGAGGUGGAUCGAUUAAAUAGGAAUUUUCAAAAAUCUGCUUCGCUCGAUAGCAUUACUAUUUUUCAAUUGCUUUCUAGUGUAAGCUAUCGGAUAUUAGUCUUUUUUCAAUUUUGUUUCCAUAAAAAUCCUUCGCGAAAACCAAACAUAGAAUAAUUAAUUAACAGUCAUAAUGGAUUUACGAAGGCUCUACAAGAUGAUGGAUGUGUCUCAUCUUUCCAUGGAUGAGGUUGAACACGAACUGCUAAUGCGGAAUAUGAUGUAUGGACUGGACGAGCAUGAGAGCAUUAAGCGGAGAAAGUUGAAAGAUAGGAUGAAGCAGGAACGGGAAAAGAACAUUUUCGUAGCCGCUCCCAUUUGGAGAUCGGUUCCUGAAGAGAUUGAGAUUGUAAGGGCUAAGCUUUCAGUCAUCAGUGGAUUGUUAGACAAUCCGAGAGCCGACGCUCGUCAAAGAGAGAAGUUGUGCACUCGGUUGGCACAUUAUCGUGUCCGAAUCUACAUGAUUUUGAAGUCGCCGGGAGCAGAUAAACAUGUAAAUGAGAUUACGGAUCUGGGUAAACAGGCUAAACAGAUCUUCCGAAAACAUUUUCCUGAAAUGGAACCUGUUAGUGAACUUCAACUUGAACCCGUUCGGUUAGAAUCGGAAAUUGAUCAAGCCUUAGAAGAAGUCAGAAGCGAAAUCGAAAUUCUUAACGUUACAGCUACGGGUAAUGAGGUAGAAGAGAAGGCCGUACAAACCGAAGCGCGCGGGGGUGUGAAAAAGAAAUCCAUUCAGUUUAAAAAGCAGGAAUUAGAAGCGUCAAUGAAGCGUUGUGAUGAGAUUCUGGGUGUGCUAACAGGAUACGAGGAAGGCAAGCAGGAAAGUGUGAAGGAUGUACUUCAUCACUUCAAAAAUUUUGUUCUUAAUACUACGCAGCAACAAAAAGAGAUGAGGGAAAGGGAAAUUGCUCUAGAAGAGAAACGAAUGAAAGAGGCUGAAGAGAAUAUUGAGCGUAAGAAGAGAUUAGAGAAGCUUUUGAUCACUCUGAAUGAUCAAAUUAAGGCAAAUCAGGAGAAUAUCAGUAGAAGUGCAGGAGAGGUACAGCUAGGAGAGAUCCCUGGAGGGGAAGCAACAUCAGAAGAACUCAAUUCCAGAGAUGAUCGUAUUUUGCAACCGACUAAGGCAGACGAAGCAACAGUUUCUAAACUGCUGUCGUCGGAAGAGAGUAGUACAGAAUUGAGAGCAGAAAGGUCGGAAAAGAUAAAAUCGGUAAGAGAGAAGGAACAGGAGAAAAGAACGGGUGGGAGAAGGGAGAAAUCCCGACGGACCCUACCAGUGAAAUCUAGCAAAAAGCGUCACCGAAAGGUGAGCUUUUCUUCGAUUACGACGAGCACUAGCACGUCUAGUAGCUCACGCACAUCCAGUAGCUCAGAAGCUUCAACCGAUUCUAUCUCGGAAAGUUCGGCUAGUACGAGUGAAUCAGACGAACGUAGGAAGAAAAAGCACAAGAAAGUUAGGAAAGCUAGGAAGAGUUUAAGGCGUAUUCCAGUUUCCGAAUGGAAGCUCAAGUAUGACGGAAGGGAUCAGGGACGACGGUUGGCAGAGUUUCUCAAAGAAGUUAAGAUGCGGUGUAAAUCGGAGGACGUAUCCGACAGGGAGCUUUUUCGCAGUGCGAUCCAUUUAUUUGCCGGACGUGCUAAGGACUGGUUUAUGGAGGCCUAUGAAAACCAUGACUUCCACAGCUGGUCAGGGUUGAAAAGGGAACUCAAGCGAGAAUUCCUACCGCCCGAUUUAGAUUUUCAAAUUGAAAUUCAAGCCACCGGUCGUCGCCAGGCUCGAGGAGAAAGGUUCGUGGAUUACAUGCACGAUAUGCAGAAGCUUUUUCAGUCGAUGACGAAGCCGAUUUCCGAGCGGCGUAAAUUCGAAAUCAUAUGGCGUAACAUGAGAUUCGACUAUAAAAACGCUUUAACGGGAGCAGGGGUAAAAUCUCUUUCUAAGUUGAAGAAAUACGGGCGAAUUGUCGAUGAGAACAACUGGAAUAUGUUUCAGAAACCGAGUGAAAGCUCGAAUCGUUCCAAAACUCAUCAGCUUAAUGAGAUUUCAGCCACAAACAACUCGAAGUUUAAGCCAACUUCUAGUCAGGGCGACAACACGCGAACUUUCUUCAAAAGUAAGCCAAAAAGCAAAACCGACAAUGAAAAUAGAAAACAGGAGGACCAAAAAAGGGAUAAAGAGGAGAAAACUGACAAGAAGGAAGAUGCGAUGGAGGGGUCGUCAAAGGGAACUUUGAAAGCUUUAGCGGAGCGAUAUGUGCGCCCACCGAUAGGCACUUGUUACAACUGCCGGAAACAUGGGCACCAUUACGGGGAUUGUUCAGAAAAGCGACAAAAGUUUUGCAGGCUAUGCGGCUUCCUGGACGUCAUUACGCCGGAAUGCCCUUUUUGCCAAAAAAACGAGCAGAAUUCAGCUUGAGAAGGCAAGCUGAAGCUUCGA